GUCAAGUUUUGUAACAAUCCAAUAGGAGGAAGGAAAACAGCAGCUUCACAUUACAGUUGGUCGAAUAACCAGAUUUUUUUACAAAUAUAUAAGAAUGCAACUAGCCAGCUAAGCAACUAGUUAGUUAGGUAGCGGUCGAAAUUUAAUCAAUUGUUACCUGGAGGAAAAUGGGGGAGGGUUUAGCAUUUUCUUGUAUUUAGUCCAGGGGAGGGUCAUGUAAUUUGUAAUCGAUUUAUAUGUCAAUAUUUGUCAGCAUUUUGGAAUGUACGUGUUGAAUUCGGGUAUGUAACUUUGGUGUACAACCCUGCUCUCUCUCGUUCUCCUCGCUGAGCUCGGCUGGGUGGGCACUUAGCUUUCCAUUGGCUUUUCGAUCAGACCCUCUCUGUGCUUGGUGUACCAGAACGUGGGCAUGUAGAGUAUCUCGUGAAUCAAAUUGUGCUUGUAGUGAUGACGUAGGGAGCUAGCGCACAAUAAGAACGAUGGUAGAAAUGUUGCAUUCAAAACAACUGGGAACUCAGAAAUCUCACACUUCGGUGCGUUCAAGACAACUCGGGGAAAGGGAGGGGAGAACGAGCUCCGACGGGAAAAUAGUUUUGAAAGGUCAUCCAACUCCGAAUUCAAAGUCGGAAACUCGGACAUCUUGCUGGAGAUCUGACUUUACGACCUGAAGAUCACUGACAUUAGUUGUCCUCUUGUGUGUGUGUGUGUGUGUGUGGGUUCCCAGUUGUCUUGAAAGCGCCAAAAAAACUCUGCUGUAUCACAACAACAAGCAUGGCGUUGCACAAUUGUGGAAGGACCACAGCUUGUGAAACAUGUAUCUUCACUACAAUUUGCAGGGUUCUUUGCGGUCUCUGUCCGCUGAAGAGAGUUUAGAAAAGUUUAAUAGAAUUUUGGAGUUGAAUGGAGAUGGUUCCUCAAUGUGGAAAAACGUGAAGGGAUAAAUUCAGGUGUAGGAGGAGUUACUGAGUUUUUCAAGCGAUAUGUUUAUCCUAGGCUGCCUGUCAUUACAUCUGAUUAUGUUUUUAUACGAAGCAUUAGUCUCACAUUCUAUAGUCAACUUACACACACUGACAUGCACUACCUCACCAGCUCUGUGUGACGUUUUAAAUGUAUGUAGAUCUGUCCUUCAUGAGAAUGUUUUGUUGUUGACCAAAAUGGUUCCUACUGUUGCCUACUACUAGGUUCUGCCAAUCAAUUGUUAGGCUAUUUGUUAAUAAAACAUGUAUUGAUCUUUUGUUAAGGGUUUUACGUUUUGAAAAAGACUGCCUCUUUACCGGACUUGUGUUUUUUUAAAUGUUUUCAACUACCCCUGCCAAAGAUUUUAGAGUAUAAUUGACCCUGUGGCUGUGUUAUCUAGUGGUAACCGGCUAGUGCUUCCGGUAUGAGAAAUAUUUAGCUGGCUAAUUCCCUUCCGUACCAACAGGUGGCAGUAAAUGAACGAGUCAACUCUUCAAAAGACAGGCAACUAGUUUUCUGAACGGCGUGUGAGAUAGAUUUCCUUCCACACAGCAACAAUGGCAGCCUCCAAUACCAAUGUGAUACGGGUGCGAUUGUAUUUUGAUUACCCGCCGCCCUCGGUAUCCGACUGUCGCAUGUGCUGGGUCCUCGUGGAUCUGAACAAAUGCCGCGUGGUAGCAGACAUAGCCAGCGUGAUCAGGGAAAAGUUUGACUUCAGUCGCAGGAGCAUUUUGAGUCUGUUCAUCGAAGAGUGCUACCUGCCGCACACAGAGAGCAUCUACGUAGUCCGAGAUAACGACACUAUCAGAGUGAAGGUGGACACCCUAACCCUUUCGAAUGGAAGUCAGUCGAACACAUCUGUUGUGAAGUCCAAGAAGAGGAGGAGAGAUGCCGAGGAGGAGGAGGAGCCCACACGGAACCGAGUGAGUGAAGAGUGGAAGAAAAAGAAGAAGAGAAAGAAGGAGAGUCAGGAGGCCGAUUCCAACCAGGCUGCGGUUGAAGAGAGGAGGAAAGAAGACAAGCAGAAGAAGAAGAAGAAAAAGAAAGAUAAGAAGGUGGUGACCAAAACCACUGCCUCGUCCACAGGACCCUCUCCCACCUCGUCCACAGGACCCUCUCCCACCUCGUCCACAGGACCCUCUCCCACCGUAGUCAAAGCGGACAAAAACCCCAAGAAGGCUCCAGCGGCCACAGCCGUAUCUGUUAACGGUAAAGCCACAGCAAAGACCCCGAAUGGGGAAACGGAUGACUCUUCUGAUUCCAGUGAAAGUAGUGAGGAGGAGGAGGCCCCAGUCAAAAACCCAUGCAGAAACUACCCUCCAAAUCACACUCUGCUAACGCUACACCCCCUGUCACAUCUAAAGCCACCCCUGGGAGGAGAUAAUGCAGGGUUUUAUUUCAACUAUGAAGGUGGACAGCGACAGCAGACUCCUCAGCCACCAUCGUACCAGAAGGACUCCCUGAUUAACAGCUCUGUGGUGUUCCAGAACCCGUCAGAGAGUGUCCCCAAGAGGGACUACAGUGAGAUGCCCCUCCUAGCUGCUCCCCCUCAGGACGGACAGAAGAUCGCCUUCAAGCUGCUGGAGCUGACAGAGAACUACACACCAGAGGUGUCUGAGUAUAAAGAGGGGAAAAUCAUUCAUUUUGACCACAGCACCAAACAGAUUGAGCUCGAACUGCUCUCUGCUUAUCAAGCGCCGGGGGAGCCGGGGAAGUUUGACCUGGUGUAUCAGAACGCGGACGGAUCCGAGAGUGUGGAGUACGCUGUGUCCCGGGGCUCCAGGGUGACUGAACGUUGGGACUCACUGCUGGAACCCAGGCUAGUUGUUGGGAAUUUGAGCUGAGGAACAAGAUGGACGUUCUUGGUCGACUUGGCCCAGGCAUUUCUAAAACACUGCCCCAUUUCCCCUCCCCCCUUGAGUUCCCCAGUAUUGGCCAAAUUAUAAUAAUUCGGCACACAACCCCAAUUUAGACUGGGUUAAAAAUGGACCAGCCCAAAUCUGGCUUUUGCCAGAUCUGCCCCAUGGCCAGUCCGUUUCUGGUUGGAUGGACUGGGGCUUGUUCUGACUCCUCCAUAGACAGUUUACCCUGGACCCAGAUUAAGCUGGAGAAGUUCCAUUGACUCUGAUUUUGUUUAGUUCAGGAGUGGAGCCUUAAUCUGGGUCUGGGAAACCAGCCUUACUGUCAACAUGUGGUUGACUCUACAGUCUCUCUGAUGAAGAACUAUAUACUGGUAGCUAUUUUACCUUACCAAACCCCUUAUCCCAGCCUUACUGUUAACAUGUGGUUGACUCUACAGUCUCUCUGAUGAAGAACUAUAUACUGGUAGCUAUUUUACCUUACCAAACCCCUUAUCCCAGCCUUACUGUCAACAUGUGGUUGACUCAACUCAUUCAGGAUGUUUUUUUUAAUGGAGAUUUGUUAAAUUCAAUAGUUUUGAGUUUCAGUUUAUUUCCUCAGUAGACAAGAAUUAAAAUGAAAUUGACCAGAACCUUGGAUUCAGCUAAUCAAAGUCUGGAUUGAAGCUAUUGAUUAGUUUUAGUUCUGUGUGUGAUGAGCACCAUUUUAAUGACCCACUUAAACACCUUCUAAUGUUGUGUUGUGGAAGGGAGGGCACAGGGUAGGUUGCUUUAAGUACCUUCAAAUGUUAUUUAAUCUUUUUGUCUCUCUACUUUUUUUUUACACAUUGAUAUAACUGUGAAUGUCCCAUCUUGAAUUUAAAAAAAAAACUUGUUUGUAAGAUAAUAAAGUUUGAUAUCCUAUGACUGGA